AUGUGUUCUAUCAACUCCCAAAUAUCGCCUGCCCUGGGCCUACAUCUGACACAAAAUGGUCGAGCGGUUUCAGCUAGUGUGAGCGAGGGGGGCCCGCGCCGGGAAGCCCAACACCCCACUUUCUCAAACAAACCCAAGCACACGACUUCAUCUUUCGUGUUUCUGAAGCGGGCUCAAGACUGA